AAUCCUUCAAGGCUUCAAUCUCAACCCCACCCUUCACACACUUUCUGUUUCAUUCAGAAUUCAAACCUCACUCGCCAUGGCUGAACAAGAAGGUGGCAAUGGGUCACAGAAAUCCUCAUCUUUGAGUCCCUAUGAAGAAGCAUUGGAGGCCUUGUCGUCUUUGAUCACUAGACGCACUCGUGCUGAUGGUAGCAAUAUGGGGAAUCACUUUGACCUGUUAUUUGAGUACUUAAAGAUGCUAGAUUUGGAGGACCAGAUAGCAAAUAUGAAGAUUAUCCAUGUGGCUGGUACUAAAGGGAAGGGAUCUACGUGCACCUUCUCAGAAUCUAUAUUACGUAACUGUGGUUUUCACACUGGACUCUUUACAUCCCCUCACCUCAUUGAUGUCCGAGAAAGAUUUCGUUUAGAUGGUAUGGAAAUCUGUGAACAGAAAUUUUUAGCAUAUUUCUGGUGGUGUUAUGAUAGACUAAAGGGAAAAACUGAUGACAAUAUUCCAAUGCCUACCUAUUUUCGUUUCCUUGCUUUACUUGCCUUCAAGAUAUUUGCUGCAGAGCAGGUAGAUGUUGCUAUAAUGGAGGUUGGAUUAGGUGGCAAAUAUGAUGCAACAAAUGUGGUUCAGGCACCAAUUGUGUGUGGAAUAACUUCCCUUGGGUAUGACCACAUGGAGAUUCUUGGGAAUACUCUUCGAGAAAUUGCUGGUGAGAAGGCUGGUAUCUUCAAGAAUCGGAUUCCAGCUUUUACAGUGCCUCAACCUGAUGAAGCAAUGCAUGUGCUUGAAGAGAAGGCUUCUCAAUUAAAUGUACCUCUUCAAGUGGUAACCCCAUUAGAUGCCAAAUUGCUAAAUGGUUUAAGACUUGGUCUUGAAGGUGAGCACCAAUAUUUUAAUGCUGGUCUUGCCAUUGCACUGUGCUCGACAUGGCUGAAAAGGACUGGGCAUCUUGGAGAUAUUUAUUUGGAACAAACCGACACUUUGCCAGAGAAGUUCAUAAAAGGGUUAACAAGUGCAAGUUUGCAAGGAAGGGCUCAGAUUGUUCCUGACCAACACAUCGAGAAUGAAAGAUCAAAUGAACUUGUUUUCUUUUUAGAUGGGGCUCAUAGCCCUGAAAGCAUGGAAGUGUGUGCAAGGUGGUUUUCUCUUGCCAUUAAAGAAUACAACCCGGACCAAAUCUUGUUCCAUCAGCAACCUGAUAAUUCUAAACUCCCACAUGAAGUAGUGAAGAUGCACCAUGGGGAAAGGGGAUCCCAAAGAAAAUCCACUCCGAUAUUGCUGUUCAAUUGUUUAACUGUGCGAGAUCCUCAGUUGCUUCUUCCUUGCCUAAUGAAAACAUGUGCUGAUCAUGGUGUCUACUUCAAGAAGGCGCUCUUUGUACCAAGUUUAUCUGUGUAUAACAAAGUGGGAUCCCAAGCUUUAACCCUGACUGAGUCUAAAGUUGAUCUGUCAUGGCAGUUCACUCUUCAAAGAGUGUGGGAAAAUCUCAUGCAAGGCAACAAAGGGAAAAGUAUUGACAUUGUUUCUGAAGAACUAAAAAAAGAUAUGGAAAUGAGUGCCAGUAAUUGUGAACAUAGUGCAGUGUUUCCCUCAUUGCCAAUGGCAAUCAAAUGGCUCAGGGAUAGAGUGCAACAAAAUCAGUCAGUUCGCUUUCAGGUCCUUGUAACUGGCUCUUUACAUCUUGUUGGUGACGUCUUGAAAUUAGUGAAGAAGUGAUUCAUUGUUCAAAUUUGAAGUUUUCAUUCAAGAUAGGCUUCCAUUUCAAUUUUGAAACACAUGAUGUGCCAGUGUAUUCAUGACGAUAUUCCUGGCGAGUUUUCUCUAGCAUUAACACAAUUCAUUGCAGAGUUAGUACCAUACUUUUGUUCUGAAAAUUCAACAGAAUCUCAUCAACCCAACACCCUUGGAAAUUCCUUUGAUACAUCCAUUCCAUUGGUUCAUUCUUAAGGGUAGACCUUUUCUUCUAAAGAAAUGUACAUUCGAAAUUCCUUUCACAAUAUUAUCUUUGUUUCUUAAGGAACAGUUUCACAAUAUUCAAGGUUUUGUAAUAUUUCCAAACUUUGAAAAAUCAGUGAAAUCCUUUGUAAAUUGCCUCAUUUGAGCAGGAGCCUAUACUAAUUCAGAAUUUCAAG